AGAGCGUCGCGGGCGGAAGGGCCGAGGUGGGCGUGAGGUGAGGGGACGUGAGGCGAGGUAAGGUGAGCUGAGGCGGGCGGGUGGCCGGGCCCAGGUGGACGUGAGGUGAGGCGGGCCAGGCCGGGCCCAGGUGGACGUGAGGCUGUCCCGGGCCGCGCGCGAGCAUGUGCGGGCGCACGUCCUGUCACCUGCCUAAAGAUGUGCUGGCCAGAGCGUGCGCCUAUCGGGACCGGCAGGGCCGGCAGCGGCUCCCCGAGUGGAAGGACCCCGACAAGUACUGCCCCUCGUACAACAAGAGCCCUCAGUCCAGCAGCCCAGUGCUUCUGUCGCGACUGCACUUUGAGAAGGGUGCAGACUCAUCUGAACGUAUCAUUGCUCCCAUGCGAUGGGGGUUGGUCCCAUCUUGGUUCAAAGAGAGCGAUCCUUCCAAGCUGAAGUUCAAUACUUCCAACUGUCGUAGUGAUACCAUAAUGGAGAAACGUUCCUUCAAGGUACCUCUUGGAAAGGGAAGACGCUGUGUCGUUUUAGCAGAUGGGUUCUAUGAGUGGCAGCGAUGUCAGGUUACUAGCCAAAGGCAGCCAUACUUCAUCUACUUCCCCCAAGACAAAACGGAAAAGUCAGGUAGCGUUGGUGCUGUGGAUGGUCCUGAGCACUGGGAGAAAGUCUGGGACAACUGGAGGCUGCUGACAAUGGCGGGGAUCUUUGACUGCUGGGAGUCCCCAGAAGGAGGAGACCUCCUGUAUUCCUACACCAUCAUCACAGUAGAUUCCUGUAAAAGCUUGAAUGACAUUCACCCUAGGAUGCCUGCCAUAUUAGAUGGAGAGGAGGAAGUCUCUAAAUGGCUUGACUUUGGUGAGGUCUCAACUCGGGAAGCUCUGAAGUUAAUCCACCCCACAGAGAACAUCACCUUCCAUCCAGUCUCUCGCGUGGUGAACAACACCCGAAACAACACUGCUGAAUGUCUGGCUCCUCUCAACUUACUGGUCAAAAAGGAGCUCAAGGCAAGUGGUAGCAGCCAGAAGAUGAUGCAGUGGCUGGCCACAAAGUCACCGAAAAAGGAAGAGCCCAAAACACCCUCAAAGGCAGAGUCAGAUGUGCCCCAGUGGUCCAGCCAGUUCCUGCAAAAGAGCCCACUCCCCACCAAGAGAGGAGGUGCAGGACUCCUGGAGCGAUGGCUAAAGCAGGAGAAGGAGGAGGAGCCCGAAGCCAAGCGGCCUCACAGCCAGUAACACCGGAUUUUCAGAGACUAUGACCGCGAUUUCCUAUACUAAAUAUUGUUACGAUAACAGGUGCUUGUGUUGUGUGUGUGUGGAUUUGCUUUGGGAUGAGAUAGCACAGUUAGAGUUGUGGAUUCAUGAGUGAGUGGCUGUCCUGGCUGCAACCAGGAACUCACAGUGGAGCAAAUGGGCAGCCUGGGUAGAGUAGGGACCACCACCAUCAAUGAUUCAUAGGGGCCUUUAUACCUGGUUUGACCCGUGGAGCCUUCUCUCAAAGCUAGACCUUGCUGGCAGUUCUCAGUCCUGACCUGGUACUGCUCACAGAAGGCUGUUUUCUGCUCAGCUUUUGGGUUCUGUCAGCCUUUUGGAAUUAAGUUCUUAAAACACUGUAUUUUUUUCCUGAAUAAAUUAUAUUUGAUAAACUGUUUA